ACACACUCCCUUCACUGUAAAGCCAACGUCUUUUAUUAUUAAGCUCUACUCUCUCUCUCUCUCUCUCUCUCACUAUAGUACUCUGCACUCAUUUUGUACUACAGAGAUCUAGACUCAGUUGUUCAACCAAAAGGGCUCUGCUUUGGAGCUCUUCCUUUCUGCCUUUCUUCUGGUGUGCUUUAGGGAAUUAGUCUAGUCAUGGUAUCCAAGAGCAAUCCGCCGGGCAACAAAAAACGGAGCCCACUAUCUAUAUUUGCUGUGAUUGCUUUGUGCGGUUUCUUUUACAUUAUGGGAGCAUGGCAGAGAAGUGGUUUCGGCAAAGGAGAUAGCAUAGCGUUGGAGGUGACCAAGCAGACAGAUUGCAACAUCUUCACAAAUUUGAACUUUGAAACACAUCACAAUGAUGUGGAGAUUGUUGAGCCUUCCAAACCAAAAGCUCAAGUGUUUAACCCAUGCGAUGUGAAAUACACUGAUUACACCCCUUGCCAAGAGCAAGACCGAGCCAUGAAGUUUCCUAGGGAGAACAUGAUUUACCGGGAAAGACACUGUCCUCCUCAAGAAGAAAAGCUACACUGUCUCAUCCCAGCACCCAAAGGGUAUAUGACACCAUUUGAAUGGCCAAAGAGUCGUGAUUAUGUCCAUUAUGCUAAUGUUCCUCAUAAAAGCCUGACAGUUGAGAAGGCUGUCCAGAACUGGGUACAGUUCAAAGGGAACGUGUUUAAAUUUCCGGGUGGAGGAACUAUGUUCCCCCAAGGUGCAGAUGCGUAUAUUGAUGAGCUUGUCUCAGUCAUCCCGAUAGCAGACGGUUCUGUCAGAACAGCACUAGAUACCGGUUGUGGAGUUGCAAGUUGGGGUGCAUACAUGUUGAAGCGAAAUGUUCUGGCUAUGUCUUUUGCACCUCGAGACAAUCAUGAAGCACAGGUACAGUUUGCAUUGGAGCGAGGUGUGCCUGCUGUUAUUGGUGUUCUUGGAUCUAUAAAUCUUCCAUAUCCAUCAAGAGCAUUUGAUAUGGCUCAGUGUUCUCGAUGCCUAAUACCUUGGACUGCAAAUGAUGGGAUGUACUUGAUGGAAGUUGAUAGAGUCCUAAGGCCUGGUGGAUACUGGGUCUUGUCUGGCCCUCCAAUUAAUUGGAAGACCUACUACCAAGUUUGGAAGCGAUCUAAGGAAGAUCUUAAGGGUGAGCAACGAAAGAUCGAAGAGUUAGCUGAACGUCUUUGCUGGGAGAAAAAAUAUGAGAAGGGAGAUAUUGCUAUUUGGAGAAAAAAAGUUAAUGACAAAUCCUGCCGCAGGAAUUCUGCCAAUAUGUGUAAACCAAGGGCCGCCAAUGAUGUUUGGUACAAGAAAAUGGAAACAUGUGUAACCCCUUUCCCUAAGGUCAGUAGUGUGAGUGAAGUGGCUGGAGGGGAAUUGAAGAAAUUCCCAGCUAGGCUUUUUGCCGUCCCUCCUCGGAUAUCCAAAGGACAUAUCGAGGGGGUCUCAGCUGAAUCUUACGAAGAGGACAAUAAGCUUUGGAAGAAACAUGUAAAUGCUUACGAAAGGAUAAAUAGAUUGAUUGGUACUACAAGAUACAGAAACGUGAUGGAUAUGAAUGCUGGUCUCGGAGGAUUUGCAGCAGCUUUGGAAUCGCCAAAAUCUUGGGUGAUGAAUGUGGUGCCCACAAUUGCCAAGGAUACCUUAGGUGUUGUCUAUGAGAGAGGUCUCAUUGGAAUAUAUCAUGACUGGUGUGAAGGUUUCUCUACAUACCCGAGAACGUACGACCUUAUCCAUGCUAAUGGUGUCUUUAGCUUGUACCAAAACAAGUGUAACUUUGAUGACAUCCUUCUGGAAAUGGAUCGCAUUUUACGGCCUGAAGGGUCUAUUAUCUUCCGGGAUGAUGUCGAUGUCCUAAACAAGGUGAGGAAAAUUGCUGGAGGCAUGAGAUGGGACACCAAGAUGAAUGAUCACGAGGAUGGUCCCCUUGUGCCGGAGAAGAUACUAGUCGCAGUUAAACGGUAUUGGGUCGGUAGCAAAGGAAACAGUACCUCCGACGACGAAUUAACCACAUGAACAGCGGAGAUUAAGACUUCAGCUGAUGAUAAAGUUGCUUCAUACCAAGGGACUGAAGGGUUCCAAUCAACAAUCCUCAAAAGGAGACCCAAGUUGCUACAUUGUGUUAUUCAUUAGACUAGUGUAGCUGCCCAAAUAAUUAUGUCGAGAUACUGGAAUGCAUAAUGAUGAAUGACAAUAAAGAUGCUAUUUAUGA